AUGCUUUGGCUUGAUCAAUAUCGCCCCAAGACAUUGGCUAAUUUAGAUUAUCAUACUGAACAAGCAGAACGCUUGACACAUUUGGCAGCAUCUAACGAAUUCCCGCAUUUGCUGAUUUAUGGGCCAUCUGGUGCUGGAAAAAAAACACGAGUUGUUGCUCUUUUACGAGAACUCUUCGGCCCUGGUGCUGAAAAGCUAAAAAUUGACCAACGUGUCUUUCUGACGCCCUCUAAUCGUAAAAUCCAAGUGAACAUCGUCUCAAGUCUAUAUCACUUGGAACUCACGCCCAGUGAUGUCGGCAAUUACGACCGUGUUGUAAUGCAAGAAUUACUUAAAGACGUUGCUCAAUCUGCUCCUGUGGACAUUCAGGCUAAGAAACGGUUUAAAGCUGUCGUUAUCAAUGAAGCUGAUAGUCUCACUCGUGAUGCUCAAGCUGCCUUGCGUAGAACAAUGGAAAAAUACUCAGACAACAUUCGUCUGAUUCUUAUUGCGAAUUCAACUUCAAAAAUCAUUGAGCCUGUUCGUUCGCGUACUCUUUUAAUUAGGGUAGCCGCCCCAACUCAUACAGAGAUUGUUUCUGUGUUGACCAAAGUGUUACAACAGCAGAGUCUUGAAGCAGCACCUAGUUUACUGAACAAGAUUGCACAGGAUUCUGAUCGUAAUUUGCGCAAGGCUCUCUUGAUUCUGGAGACUUUGUACGCAAAAGCACCUGGUUCUAGACAGAUAAUGGGAAACACAGGCAGCAUUCCGAAACCUGACUGGCAGGAGUUUAUCGAUAAGGUUGCAGAUGCCAUGAUUGCGGAGCAGAGUCCAAAUCGUAUUCUUUCCGUUCGUUCAAUGCUCUAUGACUUACUUUCUCAUUGCAUUCCACCUUCCAUCGUACUCAAAGAGCUUGCAAGCGCAUUGCUUGCAAAAGUGAAACCUGACUUGCAUGCUCCCAUUAUUUCUUCAGCGGCUAAUUAUGAACAUCGUAUUCACAUGGGCAACAAGUCUAUUUUCCAUUUAGAGGCAUUUGUCGCUUUCUUUAUGAAGCUGUAUGCCAUGUCACUCAUGGGAAUGAGUAUCGAAAACAUGUAA